AUAAACCCCACAAGCAUAGGAUCAGGGACACAUCGAGAUGACAUGAAGAAGAUGACCAUCAGCAAAGAGAAGUUCAACUCGGUUCAGCAGGGGGAAAAGUAGACCGCCCUGGAUUCAGACGUGCGCUUUCAACGGAUCAUGCCGUGCUCGAAAGACCAGUACUGGGAUGGCCUUCUGGGUAACUGCGUGUCUUGCAAAUAUGCUUGUCAGCCGCUCAAGUUCCAGGGAUGCGCCGAUGUCUGCAGCUCCUUGGAGUGCAGCAAGCAAGAGGGAUCCUACUACGACCAGCUCCUGAGAGAAUGCGUCAAAUGCUUCAGCAUCUGCGGGCAACACCCGAAACAAUGCGUACCUUUCUGUAGAAAGCCCUUUACAACCACUUUACCAACCCCAGCUACUCUCCAGCCUCUGCAGCGCAAACUGGAUGCUACCUAUGACCAGCAGGUGCUGCUGUACAUGGCCCUGGGAUUCUCCCUUUGCAUUCUGCUCUUCUCCUUGCUCUUGACUUGGUUUUACUUUCAAAGAAGGGGGGAUGAGAAGUUUUGUCGAGCCAGCUCACCGCCUUGCCAUAAAAAGGGAGAUCUACCAAAAGAUGGUCUCAUGGAAGCGGGAAGUUUCGGAAGCGACUCCGGGGGCAACCAGACUCCAGAGCCGGUAGAAACCUGUGGCUUUUGUUUCCCAGAAGUGAGUCCUGCCAUCCAGGAGACGCGGGCGUGCCCGAGGCCGUACCAGCUCGAGAUGCUGGCUGAAGUUGCUGCUGCUAUCCCUGGCGGGAUGGUCCCUCCCUCCGCGGAAGACUGCCGUUUCCAAAUUAUAUGUUCUCCUUCCCAAGAAAAGAUGCCGAUGAGCUAAGCCAUAAAUGAAGGGAGGGGGGAGGAGCAUAACAGGUUCCCGUCCCUCUCAAAAAAGCUGCUUGCGUUGUUGAGGUCUUGAAUUGUUAAGGGCCCACACCUGACAAGGAAACUGAGUGGUGAUUUUGUGUGGUUGUUUUUUUUUAAAAAAAAUCUUUGCCAGAUUGUUCACUCAUGGGCAUAAAAUUCCCAGGUUCCGGGUGAACAUCAAACAUAAAUGCUUGUUUAAAAAAUAAAAAAGUCCUCAAGGAAAAAAAAAAUUAUAUAGGUAGUCCUCGAUUUACGACCGCAAUGGAGGCCAAAUUUCCGGUUGCUGAGUGAGACAGUGAAGUGAGUUUUGCCCCAUGUUACGACCUUUCUCUCACCACCGUUGUUAAGUGAAUCACGGCAGUUGUUCAGUUAGUAGUCACACGGUCAUUAAGUGAUCCUGGCUUCUUCCUCCAUUGAUUUUGGUUGUCAGAAGGUCGCAAAAGCGGGGGACUCUGCAUCCGUCAUAAAUGUGAGUCAGGCUGCCAGGUGUCUGGAUUUUGAUCCCGUGACCACAGGGGAGGCUGCAAUGGUCGUUAAAGUGUGAAAAACGGUCCCAAGUCACUUUUUUCAGUGAUGUUGUAACUUCGGUCACUAAAUGGAGCCGUUGUAAGACCAGAACUACCUGUUUGCUGCAAUUUGUCUUGCUAGCUGCUUUCUGUUGCAUUUGUUCACUUUACUUUUUUUUUUGGUAUGUUUGCUUAAACAAAUGGUUGUUUACCUGUACAUGUGUUUGCCUUCCUGGUAUUUUCAAUAAAAUUUUCAGAGGAAGAUCUCCAGGGAAGUGGUAUUUCUAUGGUCUUCCUCUGUUUAUCUCUUUUUUUUAGACAUUAAGAAUUAAGAAUUGUUGCAAAGGCCUCUUGGCUUUUUAAAGGUGGUUGAGAGCAGACACAAAAAUAAGA